AUGGUUUUUGAUAGCGAGGAAACGGUUCAGUCGGGCAAGAAGAGCGAGGGGUUCCGGGUACAACAGAAUGAGCACUUCCCAGUCGGUGCUCCCAACUUUGACGCCAACCGCGACUCGGGGUCCGAGACCGAUGUCGAGCAUGGUGCCACGGACGAAAACGCGCCACCCGAGUAUCCCGGCUACUCGCUUCCCCACCGCCUGAGGGCACCACUUGCCGAGAUGCUGGGCACAUUUGUGUUGGUGCUGAUGGGCCUCGGCUCCAACGUAAACGCAUUCGUCAACUGGUCAAAUGAAUCCAACUACGUCGCAUAUACGUUCGGUUGGGGUGUCGGUCUGUUCCUCGCGCUCCUCAUCUCCAUCCCGUACGCUGGUGGCCACGUCAAUCCGGCCAUUACCAUUUCGCAAGCCUUCUUCCGUGGGUUCGCAUGGCGCAUGGUGCCAAUCUACAUUGCGUCCCAGACUCUGGGCGCGUUCCUCGCCGCUGUGGCUCUCAACGGCGUCUUUUACAACCUCCUUGACAGCGUCGAGGGCGAGCCCGGUCUGCGGACGUUUGGCGAGGUCAACUCUACCGCGCAGUUCUUCAUCGCCGUGCCCAGUGGUCAUCUGUCCAAUGUCUCCACGGUCUUCUACGAGAUCAUCGGCGGCGCCAUGCUCCUGCUCGGCGUCGCCGUUGUGUCGGACGACGAGGUCGCCGGCGACUGGAGCAUGUGGGUCAAGAGCCUCGUCAUGUAUCUCACCCUCGUGGGCGUCAACGGCGCCAUUGGCGUCAAGACGCCCCUUGCACUCAACCCCGCGCGCGACUUUGGCCCCCGUGUCGCGUGCUCGGCGUUCGGGUACCCGGCGCACAUGUGGACGGACCGCAACGGGUACUGGUUCUACGGCGCGUGGGCAGGACCCAUCCUGGGCGGUUUAAUCGUCACUGCAAUCUACGACUUGGCGGUGCGCAAGCGCGUGCAAGUGACCAUUCCGUUUCUGGACCGCCGCCGCCGCCAUCGUCGUCGUAGGACUGAACGGAAUGACUGA